AUGUGCACCGAUGGCGAGGGACCUUCUAACGCCGAUUUUAACGCCUUCUAUUUAUUCGUCCUGUGGGCAACUUCCAAUUUCCAGCAGUGGAUAAAGAGCCUCCAGGGAAGUCUCCAGGAAACGGUUGAAACUAUUACAACUGGCGACACCCAGCUCUUGGCUGAAGAGUUCAGUCACUCAGAUACAGGAAGUACUUCGAAUCCGACAAGUGAAGCGUUGAUUAUCAUGUCCGCUAUCUUUGGGGGGUUUGCGGCCGUCUUGGGAGGCGUAGGCGAGGCAGGUGUGGGUGCUAUCAUUGGUGUGGCUGGUGCCUCUGCAUCUGUCGCCAAUGGUGUUGUCUCGCAAAUGGCCAAAUCUUCUCCAAAGUUAAUGCAAGACACCCGGGAAGCAAUCCUCAACCAUAGAAUCAACAGCGCAAGGGACGCGCUCAUUGUUCAGAUUAAGAACUACGGGAAUACCAUUCUGGAUAAGCCAGUGGACGAGAGUCAAGUAGGAUACUCCUACAGCGACCAUGCAAACAGUGGGCCAUCGGCUCUAAAGGGUGGUGCCUUUGCUAACCAGUAUUCGGCGGACAAUCAUACGAAUUUCGCGAACGACGUGAAAGGCACUUUGGUCAGCGGUUCAAUCUCAUGGAUAUGGGAAAAGGAACAGGUGUAUAUUGUGAAAGACUCCUAUUCCAUUAACGGCAAGAAGCCUGCCGACCUCGAUCUCGACUCCGAUGUUUCAAACCGAACCUGCAGCAAUAACGGCACUUGUUACUGGUUCAUCAAGAACACGGGUAUUUCGGAUCCGGCAGAGGACGUCUUUGAUCCGGUUCCUGGCUUUGACAGUCUUCAGAAAUGGGGUUUACAGCCUCUUGAUGUGGCCAUGGCUGCAGAGGCGUCGCAGAAUGCAGGUGGAUACUUGAAGAACUGGACUGUGCCUGAGACCCUUCCUUUCCUCAGAGGUUCACACGGCAGUAAGCCUCCUAAGGCUCUCAUGAUUAAUCUACCUGUUUGUUCUUUAGACUAUAUGCAUAGCUCCUGGCCCGAUGAGAGCGAUGCAGGAGACGACGGUCUAGACUGGGAUGAUUCUGUGAGUUAA